AUGACCGAGCAACAGCAAACAGUAGACGUACUGGUGGUGGGCGGCGGACCGGUGGGGCUGAUGGUCGCCUGUGAGCUGCGCCUGGCCGGCCUCAGCGUGACCGUGCUCGAGCGCCGCGAGACGCGAACACUUCAGUCGCGCGCCCUCACCAUCCACGGUCGCUCGCUCGAGGUCCUGGCUCUGCGCGGGAUCGUCGAUCGCUUCACCGCGCGGGGGCGGCCCGUCCCCACGGGCAUCUACGGAGCGCUCGACACCCGCCUGGACUUCUCGGUGUUCGACUCGACCUUCCCCUAUACCCUCUUCCUGCACCAGAACACGACAGAAGAGCUGCUUGAGGCGCGGGCCCGCGAGCUGGGCGUCAUCGUCCGCCGUGGGCAGCGAGUGAUCGGCAUCGACCAGGCCGACGCGUCGGUAAUUGUGACUGUAGCGCACGGCAGCGAUCAGCAGUCGCGUCUGACGUGCCAGUACGUGGUCGGCGCGGACGGGGCGCGCAGCGUGGUGCGCCAGGCGGCGGGUAUCGAGUUUGAGGGCCUGCCCACGACGCUCACGGCCAUGCUGGGCGACGUCGUGCUCGAUUCGCCCCCGACGGGACCCGUGCUGGUGAUCAGCAACAGCGCCGGGUGCCUGCUGAUGGUCCCACUGGGCGACGGCGUUCGGCACCGCGCCGUGGUCAUCGACCACCUGCGCACUGGCGUGCCGCAGUCCGAGGCCGUGACCCUCGACGAGCUCGUCACCGCGGCGCGCCGGGUCGCCGGCCGGGACUUUGGCAUGCACGACCCCGUCUGGCUGUCGCGCUUCGGCAACGAGACCCGCCUCGCCGCGAGCUAUCGCCAGGGGCGCGUGCUUCUGGCCGGCGAUGCGGCCCACAUCCAUCUGCCCAUCGGCGGGCAGGGCAUGAACGUGGGCCUCCAGGACGCGUUCAACCUGGGCUGGAAGCUGGCGGCGGUGGUGCGCGGCCUCGCGCCGGCGUCGCUGCUCGACAGCUACACCGCCGAGCGCCGGGCCGUGGGCCAGCAGCUGUACCACGACACCCUGGCGCAGGCGGCCUUGAUCACGGCCCGCGAGCCCGACACGAUGGCCCUCCGCGAGGAGAUGGACCAGCUGCUUCGCAUUCCGGAGGUCAACCGCAGGAUGGCCGCGCAGAUCACGGGCUUCGGGGUGUCCUAUCCGGGUCCGCCGCUGGAUGCUCCGCUCGGGUGGACUGUCGCGCCCGAGCUCACCGGCCGCCGGCUUCCCGACAUGGCCCUGCAGCUCGAGCCCGGCGCCGACUCGACAGCGACGACGGUGUCGCUCUACUCGCUCUUCCACGACGCGCAGUGGGUUGAGCUUCGCUUCCGCGACGGCGACGGCGACGGCAUUGGCGGAGAAGGGCGCGCGGCGGAGGUGCCGCCGGCGUUUCCGGGGUGGUCGAAGCGGGUCGACGUCGCCGAGGUCCCGCCUCAGCAUCGCCACCUGAAGCAAUUCACCGCCGUUCUGAUUCGUCCGGACGGCUACUUCGCGUUCGUGCGGUCGUCAAUCGGUCCAGCCACUGCGCAGUGA